AUGGAGGAGAAAAAGAAGAAGACGCGGGCGGAGAAGACCUCCUGCGCAUGGGUCCGCAUUGGCGCACUAGUCUUCCUGCUCGUGCUGGCCAUCACAGGGCCAAUCUGGGCCUUCACUUUGGCCUCCUGCACCUCAACUCUGCCCUGCCGCAUUGGCCAGCAGCUGACGCACGCGGAGGCGCAAUGUGCCGAGGGCGCUGGCGCCAGAUCUGAGGAGCUUCUGCAUGGCGACGCUUGCACCUUGCUUUGUGACGACCCCAGGAAGAGGCCCACCAUCCCGGAGCUGCUCUGUCUGGACGGCAACGCCAGCGGAAGCGAGAUGGUGCAGUGCGUGGUGCCAGAGGUGCCGUCAGGCCCGCCAUCCCUUGAGCCCAGCUUUGCUUCGUAUGCUAUUACGUCCGGAGAGCCGCGCCUGGUUUGCGGCCAAGCAGAGCGCUUUCCAUGUGAGGCGGCUCCAGGUGCUACGUCGAUAUUGGUCCAGCUGCGCUUCAUGAACAAAGACAAAUGCGAUGAGAUCUUUACCGAGUGCCGUAGUCUGAACUCAGUGUUCACUUUUCAAGAAUUUGUUAGGAGCGAGGCAGCGUUGGCGUACGAAGCGGAUCCCAACAACAAGACGCUCUAUGAUGCAGCUUGGGACGACCCUGGCACCUGCACAUUGGGCUGCUUCGUGGAGCAGUUCGACCUGGCUCAGCUGCAAUCCAUGCAGAACGAGCUCACCACAGUGACCAACCAGGUGGCGACUGCGUUCCCCGUGCCGGACGGCCAGUUGGCCAUCAACUACUGCGGCGGCAACCCAGGUCCGGCCUGCAUCCGAGUGCAGGGCUUGUGUGACCCCUCGCAGGAUGGUGACUACUACAAGCAUCCCGUCUGUAUCUCAGGCCAGGCUCAAUGGGCAAAGAUUGAUGGGUCCUUGCGGAUUCGGUACGAUGGUGAUGAGCGGAACGGGCAGGCCGGCAAGUGGGUGCUGGAAACCGACGUGGCGGACUUGCUCUCCAGUGGUUACGGCACCGAGAUUGCCCGGCAGCCCACGUUCAAUCCCACACCAGUCCUGGGCGACACCAUCUGGAACCUAAAGUGCAGGUUUCCCAGCGGUGGCGGGGGCUACUACAUCCAGUAUCACACCCGGAUCGUGGAGCUUGUGAGCUGCACCUGCGACUCGCAGAUCGACUGCAAUGGCCGCGGUGAAGCGGUCGGCAGCAAGGACAACGGGCCCAACUGCGUGUGUGUUUGCAGCCCGGAGCGCGCCGGGGACUCCUGCGAGAUCCCGUUAUGUCAGGUGCCGGGGGUGCAGAACGCCCUGCAGCCUGCUUGCAAGGAGGGCGCCUGGAUCUUCCCGGACGCCACCUGCACCCCCGACUGCACAGAAGGUCACGCGCCCAGCAACGACGUCUUCACCUGCACAAGUGAUGGCACCUUCCUGCUGCCCCUGGGCUUCACCUGCAACAAGAUCUGGGUCAACGAGGAGCCGCCCGACGAGUUCGGCAACACGCCGGACGCUUACGAGACCGCGACCACCACCACGCCACCAGAAUGCACGGACUUCGACUGCGUGUUCCACGGCACAGCCACUGGAAACCGGCGGGCGGACGGGAGCUGCGAGUGCGAAUGCCAUGAUGGCUACACUGGUCCGCAGUGUCGAUCUGUGAUGGGCGACUGCCUGGCGCCGCUGCACAAGAACAUCCCCAACAGCGCCCUCUCCACCUGCGAGGAAGGCACCCGCCCGAAUUUGGUCUGCACGGCGCGCUGCGCGGAGACCUACUACGCCGUGCCCGCGCAGCUGGAGUGCCAAGGCACCUCGCUGGUGCCGGAGAAGUUUCGGUGCUUCGGCGGCCCCACCACGGAGAUGAAGUGGUGCCAGAUUGCCCAGAUCUCGUCCUUGGUCUUCACCGGUAUCACGUUUUUGGGCAUCGCAGUGGUCUGCUACGCCUUCCAGAGGAACAAGGAGAGGCCCUUUCAGAACUUCCUCUAUCAUGACAAGCUCGUGGAGAGUGUCACGGACGUGCACGGCAACUACAACGUGGUGCGUAUGACCAAUGGUGCCGAGUUCCACUCCAAAUUGCCAGACCACAUCUUGGGCCAAGAUCCUCGCAAGGUGGAGGUCGUCGAGCACAGCGACUACGCUGAAACGGAGAGCGGCCCCCGCCUCUCGCUGGAGGAGGCUGAUACUCGCACGCCAAGCGCGAGGCCUAGUGUGGCAGGCCUCCCCGGGCAGCCGGAGCCGCUACCCCUGACCGCCGGCGGCGGCAUGAAGCGCGGCGCGGAGGUGAUCCUGCGCGGCUUCGCGGGGCGCCCUGAGCUGGACGGUGCUCAUGGCUGGAUCCUGGACUACAGCCAUGAGAGUGGGCUGUGUGAGGUGGAUCUGGAGGGCAUGGAGAUCCUGAAGAACGUGCCGGAGUUCUGCUUGGAGGAGGCGGAAAUCUCGGCCGAGGCCCCGGCCAUCAUGGCUCCAGGGCCUGCCGCCUUGGACACCAACUGGCUGGUGAACAUGCGGGAUCUCGAGAACAAAGUGGAGGCCAGCCGCCAGGAGCGCUACAAGCAGUUUGCCAGUGCGGCAGUGAAGGAGGAGACGGAGAAAGCAGAACGCAUCAAGGAGGCUCUGCGGGAGACCGCACCGGUGCGCGCGGACUUGGAGGGCCGGAUGCGCAUGGGCCUCCGCUGUGGCGAUGGGGAGAUGCUGCGGGAAGCGAUCGCGGAGGCAAAGGAGCUGCUCAAGCAGAAGUAUCUGGCGAUUGCGCCGCCGGCCUCGCUCAGCUCCCUGCGACGGGUGAUGGAAACGGCGGAGGCGCGGCUGGAGCAGUUUGAUACCCUCAAGGAGUCGCGGCAGCGUGCGGAGGCCUAUGCGGAGCGUGUGCGCACGGGCCAGGCGGCGGACUGGAAGAUGACCUCCGCCGAGCUGACGAAGUUUGUGCGAGAGUGCAAUCCGGAGCGCGUGCGCGCAGGCCUGAAGGCCCAGCUGCCGGUGUUCCUGCGCACCGAGGGCACGCGCUUCACCAUCCUGCACGAUGCCUGCCGGGAGGCCUGCCUGGAUGAGCCCGGCAGCGAGCGCGCUGAGAACCGGGUGGAGGUGGUGCGGCUGCUAUGCGAGGCUCGCGCCAACAAGAACGCCGUGGACAUGCAAGAUCGCACCCCGCUGGACUUGGCCUUGGAGGUGGGCGGCCCGCGAGCGAAGCGCCACCCCUCGGUGAAGGCGCUGCGGGCGCUGGGACUCCGCACUGCCAUGGAAGCCUCCAGGGAGCUCAGGGGGGAGCUGCUGCAGGAGGAGGAAUCCGAGGUGACGGAGGACCCAGAGGAACCUCCGGAGGAGCCGCUCCUGGUGGAUCUGCAGCCGGACUCUGCCGACGGCCCAGAAGAUCGCCCGGACUCUCCGGAGGGGCCGAGGUCCUUCGCGCCCCCCGCGCCGGAGGCAUCUCCGCUGCAGCCGGAUGCCGUGCACCCCGAUGGCUGA